AACCACAAAGGUUCCAUCUGCUGCACUGUCCAUACCACCGUCCAGUACAACUGCAGAACCUCAGGCAUCAUCAGCCGAUGGUGCAGCCUCAAGUGUGAAGAGGAAGUCACCUGCGCCCCUCCCACAGGAGCUGGCAUUUCUACUUAAGGAGACCACAGGACCGAGUACAGAUGCUGCUUCCACAUCUGUGUGCAAAGUGCUGACUUUUGAAGACAGCAGUGAAGAUGAUCCUUCAGCUCAGCCAGCUGUUCCAGUUCCAGUGGCUGGUUAUGAGUAUGACCUCAGCAGCUGGAAUUGUUCUACUCACCAGCAGCUGUGGAUGAAGACUGAGCUUCAGGACCUUGGACUGUGGCCUGGGUCUCGACCAGUGCGUCACACAGGGAACGCGACUUCACUCUGGCGUCUCCCUCCACAGCCUGAGCUCAUAGAUACAGUGGCUGACCUACCAUCGCCAAAUUUCUUCCAGCUCCACCCCUUCUUCAGCCUUCUUCUCCAACCUGAGAGUGUUAGUGCUAUCAUGGUCAGGUUAAGAAACAAUUAUAUCUUGCCAUGUCUCCAUGAUUGCUUUGGUUCACAAGUGGUCUCUGCUGGUGUGGGCAGGCCACGAGUAAUUGUUGGCACCAGUGGUCAGUAUUACAUCCUGUCCUCACGACUCUGCUGCAGGGCUUGUCGCAGGAACUGGUUUGCUGACAAUCCACGAUGGCUGGAGAAACUGCCCAAAAGGUUUACCAACCUUCUCCCUGCUUUUCUUACAUAUAAAAAGGCCAUCUGCAAGUCUGUUAUGUAUAAGCUCAGGAGGACUGGGAAAUCUCCAGCAGAUAUUGCAAAACAAUUAAAUGAACUCAUGCACCUCAAGUACGAGCGAGCUCACCUGGCGUACCUCCAUGCCACAGAAUCGGUCUGGGAUUCUGAGGCAGGAGCCCAUGGACAGAGGACCAUUGGGAAGUUCCUGAGGAAGGAAAAUAAGCCACAGGAGUUCAGGUCUUAUGAAGACCCACAUGCCUGGUGUGGUGUUUCUGUGUCCAGCCAUUACCUGACUGACUGCCUGCUCGACGAAUUCCGACGUCAACAUCCAGUCAUAUCCAAACUCAUCCAGGCCACAUCUUCAGGUCUGACCACACCAGGAAGGUGGCACGAAAAGUCACGCUGGCAUCUGGGGUCAUGUCCAGUUAUUACAUAAUGAAUGAAAACUGGCUGAGUGUUUCGUGGGUCAUGGUUCAGUCUGAGACAGAAAGGUCUCAGACUGAACCAUGUACCAGGGAAUGGCCAAAAGGUACAGUGAUGCAGGAGUGGAAAAGGCCGGCUACCACUGGUACCAGUGGACCCGUUCCACUGCCUGAGGCGAGUGGAGUGAACCUCUGAGCAUCAUCCUCUGUUCAGCACUUUCUGCCAGCUUCUCUCUGCUGCAUUCUCAGUGGUUGAUCAGGCGGACCUGAAGAGGCUCCAGGAUGCUUAUAAGUUUUGUGGCAUCCAUCCUGCUAAUCCCACAAAGCAACACAUAUGGGAGCACUGCAGGAUCCAAAUACCACAACCCACUGAGCUGCUGAACAGAGCGGAAAAGAUCCUGAAUCAUUUUCACCUGGCCACAGACCCCAACAAUGUCCCACUCUUCAAGCCAUCCAUGCUGAAGACGUGGUGCAUUCAGAGAGUCCACAUUCUGCGUGGCUGCCUCAGUGACCCUGAACUCUCAGAGGGUGUAAUGUUUAGGUACGGUGGGACUCUUCAGCUUAACCAUGUCCCUGGUGAAGGUGCCAAGGUCCCCAUCUGGAUUCCUGUCCGAGGCACUUCACAGCAGGAGGGUUAUCAUUUCCACCAGGCCCAGUGGAUUACCGGGACUCAUGUAUCCAAUGAACUAUUCCAAGUCCAGGGCAUGACAGGGGUGGCACGAUGGAACUACCAAAGACUGGUGGACCUUAAGCAUCCAGGUGUCAUUCUCCCUUCUGUUUUUGAUCCAGCUCUAGUGGUGGAGUUGAAUGCAGCCUCCAGAAGAGUGACUGAUCAGGAGAAGUACCCUGCACUUCACCUCUCUGACAGAGACACUGGAGAGCGAUUUGGGCUUGAACACAGAGAGCCAGGCUGCCGUCCAGUCCCUCUGAACUGGGACAAACACAAAACCCUGAGAAAAGAUGAACCGGCUGCCCUUCAGCCCCCAUCCUCUGUUCCAAAACCUGUGGCUGCCCAACUUCAGGUUCCAGCAGCAGGACCCUCCUCCAGCCUGGCACCGCUAGGUGUGGCAUCCCCCACACCAGCACCACCUGUCACCCACCCUUUCUCUGGUGCACUUUUAAAGCAGGAGUUAGCAUCAGAAGACACCCAGCAACCUACAACAGUCAUGGAAAUCUCUGAAGCUCUACCUCUGCCGAUGCGGGCCUCACCAAGGAGUGCUCGCACUGGACCUAUAAAGACAGGUGGACGGGUUUUUGUGCUGGACCACACAUGCUGGACACGACCCAUGAAAGAGGCAAUAGAUGAUCUGUUGCAAAAGUACCAUGGGAAGAAGGACAUCCUGAAGCUUGUGGAUCAAGAUUAUGCAGACAUGGUCCAUCACUCGGCUACAGAUCCCAACAGCCUGCUGCGUCCCACAUCCAAGGUGCACAUAUCCUGGUAGUUGAAGCACUUGGCUAAGCUUCUCAACACCAGUUCAUCUUUGAACAUAAGCCCAGAAAAACUACUGGAGACUCAGCAGCUGUGGCACUCUUUAACUGAAGGCAGUGAAACAACUAGUGUCCCUGUAAUCACCAUAGAGCCUGCCGCGUUUAACCCACCUCCUCCUGCCCCGUCUACACCACUGACACAAGUCUCAACAGAGAAGAUUGUGGACGGCAUCUUAGAAAGGCAACAGCAGCAGCAGCCACAGCAGCAGCCUGAGGGGAAAAAGGGCAGACAAAGACUUGUCUUGCCUGUGGACAGCCCAAGUCUCAAUGUGAGACAGAUGGAUCCACCGUCGAUUAUUUUUACCAGAGAGGGCCUGUGCGCUAUUUCUACAGUUCCCACAAGGUGCAUCAAACUUAUGCUGCUGAGGGAAUCACUAACCCUAAAAUGACCUUUGAGGAAUUUGCCCAGACAGACUUUUUCCAAAGGGAACUGGAUGCUACCAGGAAGAGGUCAGAGGAAAGGAUGGAGGAAAAGAGGAAAAGGCCAGAAACCCAACUAACAGGCCGCCUCUGCAGGUUCUGCCACAUGAACCUGAAACAGGGCCCAAAUAGCCCACAUGUUCGCACGGGCUUCCCUGGAGUGGCAGGGAAAUAUAUCUACUGCCCUUCAAAAGUGCACUCUCUGCCCGGGCACAAGGGCUUGGCCAAGGGGAUGACCUGGAAGGAGUUUCAGGAGUCUCCUUUUUAUGAGGCAGAGAGACAAAGAUGGGUGGAAGAAAAGAGGAAAUAGGGGAGAAACUGUUGAUAUUGUACAUAAUAUAGUUUUGUUCUAGUUUUGUAAUGUUUAUUUUGUUUAUAUAAAUAAAAACUGAUUGUAAAUAUAAAAA